AUGGACUGUCACAUGCCAAAAAAGAAAGUACCAGCAACAAAUUUUGCAGAACAGAGGGCCCUCCCUCCACGCCCGGAGCACCCCUUCCCCGCAGCUCCAGCUCCAAGGCCGGCGGGGGCGCGGCAGCGGCGACCUAGACCGUACAGGGCUGCCCACAUACCACAAAUCCUUGUGCUGCUAGUCAUUGAUGCUGUACGUGAGAGUCAGAAGUACGACGACGUGACAGAGAAGGUGAACCUGCAGAAUAAUCCUGGGGCUGUGGAACAUUUCCACAUGAAGCUUUUCCGUGCCCAGAGGAAUCUCUAUAUUGCUGGCUUUUCCUUGCUGCUGUCCUUCCUGCUUAGACGCCUGGUGACCCUCAUCUCCCAGCAGGCCACGCUGCUGGCGUCCAAUGAAGGCUUUAAAAAGCAGGCAGAGAGUGCCAGUGAGGCGGCCAAGAAGUACAUGGAAGAGAAUGACCAGCUGAAGAAGGAAGCUGCUGCUGGCGGGGUCAAAUGUUUUUCCAAUGUUAAAACAAUUUGUGUUUAUAGUAGACCAGAUUUCAGACAUUCUGACGAUGACCCACAUCCCACAUUAACAAAUGUUUAA